GGCCCCGGGACACAGCUCCCCAAGGCGCCCAGGUGAGCGCGGUGAAGGAGGGGCGGCCGCUGCGUGACACCCGGCCGCUUCGGCACGGAGCGGCGCAGCGCGGUGCAUCGGCACAGCAUGAGCACAGAGCCAGGUGGAGAAGAUGUAUGUAGGCUAUCUUUUGGAUAAGGACACCAACAUGUAUCCCAGUCCCGUCCGGCAUCCCAGCCUCAACCUCAACCCCCAGAACUACGUGCCGGGGCCACCCCAGUACUCGGACUUCGCCAGCUACCACCAUGUGCCAGGGAUUAACAACGACCCGCACCAUGGGCAGCCCGCAGCUGCCUGGGGCUCACCCUACACCCCUGCCAAGGAGGACUGGCACUCAUACGGCACCGCUGCCGCCUCCGCCGCCACCAACCCGGGGCAGUUUGGAUUUAGCCCCCCGGAUUUUAACCCCAUGCAGCCCCAUGCGGGCUCUGGACUCCUGCCUCCAGCCAUCAGCAGCUCGGUGCCACAGCUGUCCCCUAAUGCACAGAGGCGCACCCCGUACGAAUGGAUGAGGCGCAGUAUUCCCAGCACCAGCAGCAGCGGCAAGACGAGGACAAAGGACAAGUACCGGGUGGUGUACACGGACCACCAACGCCUGGAGCUGGAGAAGGAAUUUCACUACAGCCGCUACAUCACCAUCCGCCGUAAGGCCGAGCUGGCUGCUGCCCUGGGGCUCACUGAACGGCAGGUGAAAAUCUGGUUUCAGAACCGGAGGGCGAAAGAGAGGAAGGUGAAUAAAAAGAAGCUGCAGCAGCAGAGCCAGCCCACCAGCACCACCACGCCAACCCCCCCAGCCGUGGGCACGCCAGGGCCCAUGGGGACCCUCUGCAGUGGCAGUGCCCCAAGCCUUGUCUCCUCAUCUCCGCUCACCAUCAAGGAGGAGUUCAUGCCUUAGCCCCCUCCACCAGCCAUAGACACUGAGAGAUAAGCACUACACGGCAGAGCUUGUUGCUGAGCGCCCAAAGACACCACGUCCUCUGGGGCAUGGUGGCUCUGUUGCCUUCCCAAGAGGCUGAUGAGCUCUGUCCUACACAAAGCCCAUACGUUAGGUAGUGCUGUUCUCCUGUAGGAAACGUGCGCUGGUCUCCGGUAUUGGUAGCCCAAAACCAGUGGGAUGAGUCUUUAAGUGGUGCUGGAGGACCCUUUCUGUGGCACAUCAGAAUGAGCCGGUGGGAUGCUUCCUGCACGGUCUUCCUGGUGAUCCAGCUGCCUGCUGCUUUGGAGCAGCUUUAGUGAGGCUGAACUAGGGGAAAGUCUUGGCUGGACUCGAGGCAGAAUAAAUCUCAGCUGAGAUUGUCUGCAGGAUCUGCCACACCUGGAGCGAGUUGGACAACAGGAGCUGGGUAGGACCCUCAGCAGUGGGGCUGGAGGGGGAAAGGGGGCUCCUUAAACUGAGACAAUGACAGUGAGUGUCCCCCAUGUCCCCCAGCCACCAUCCCCAGCUCCAUCCCUGCAGCAACUCAGGGCCAUCGCGAGACCUGCAGACAUCUGUCCCACAGAUGGACCACCCUGCGGAGGUUUUGAGACCACCUUCCAGCAUGGAGGAACAAGAACAAGGUUUGCAGUUAGGACACUGGACAGCUCUAGGUUGCCCAGAGGGGCCGCUCACCUACCCAUGGCACUGCAGAACCUGCACAGCUCCGUGCUGCACCAAGGCACUGCCAGCUGCCGGGACCAUCAUGGUGAUGGGACAUGUCCUGGCACAAGAUGAUGGAUAGCUGGCUUCCAUAGAGAGGGAUGGGUGGAUUUGUGCUGUUUUCUCUGAAACACAAAAGGCUCUGGGUUUUGCCCACUUUGUACUCCUCCAUGUGCUGCACCAUUGGUAACCAAUGGCUUUUUUUUCCUGCUGGAAAUCCACAGUUAAAAUUCCCCUUAAUCCUGCUGACUCCUGGGAUCUCUACUGGCCCAGCUACCUUACAGCCCAGUUUUGGAUGCCCCAAAGGGCGUGCUGGGACACAGGAGGGUUUGAGGCUCCUGCUUGGGUCUGUGGCUUCCCAAGACCAAGGUGAGGGUGCAGAGGCUCUGAUGGUUCUCUCCUAGCACCAUCAUGCUGAGCCCCAGCAGGAACAAGAAGUGGAGGUGUCCCUGUUGCCUGCAGAGCCCCUCACCCAUUCCCAGCCCAUUCUGGCCCAGAACUCACAGUGUUAGGGGUUUAAUACUGGGAUUUAAGCUCCUUGACACCCACUGCACCUACAGCCCCUUAAUAGGGUCUGCAUCCCCCACCAUGGGGACCAGUGACACCUCCCUGGGGCCACCACUGCUACUUUGCAGCAAAGGCAGACACCGGUGUUGGCUUGGGACUUCAGCUCAGGGCUUGUGUACAGAAGGCAGAACGUUUUAUUUUCUAGGCUUUGGUCAAAAUAAAAGUGAGCAGGAGCCCUGUGA